GGAGCUUUUACUUGUUCGAGUCAGAAACCUUCUUCAGGACACCAAGAAGAAGGUACCAACACAAGGUUGAAAGAGGACGGAACUUUGAAGAUGUCUCUCUGAUGUUGUGGGCCUGACAGCAUAAGUGUCAGUGAGUAUAGCUUAGGCCUAGAAUUUCAGAGGACCUAAAAAUAGGUUUUGCUAUCUCAGACUGUGCCACUCAGACAGAGGGAAGUGAAAUAACAGAUCUGAAAGAGUUUACAGUAACAACAAAGACUUUGAUAGAGUUUGCUAACUCCGUGCACGAUGACUUCACGAAGUAUAAGAAUUUCCUUCAAAGACAAUAUGAAGACAAAAUAAAGGAACACUCAUUCAAUCUCUGGGAAGAAAUAAACGACAGACUGGAGUACAUUGAGAAGUUUUAUAAGGAGAAGGAAGCCAAAAUGAGACACAGUUUCCAGCAACAAUUGUGUGACGCACUUGCAAUCCUCAGACUAAACUAUUCAAAGUAUUUCCCUAUUGAAAAAAGUCCGCCUGGAGAAGAUGAAGAAUUGUUAGCCACAAGGCUUGAAAGACUGAGAGAGGACCUGGAAGAAAAGGAGAUUACAAUUGUAGGAUUAGAAGGAGAAAUAGCAGCCUAUAAAGCAAAGGAAAUUAAGAAGAUCCCAUAUGAGGAUGACACCGAAUUUGAAAAAGAAUAUCUUCUGCAAGAGAACAAGGAUAUGCGGGAAGAAAUUGCAUCCCUGAACGUUAAAGUUACACGCCUUCUUGAAACGGUGAAACGAAAAGAGAAAGACCAUCUUGAAUUAGAUACUGAAAUGAAACAAUUGCAGGACAAAAGAGAUAGAGAUCUGAAGACAAUGGAAAAGCUAAUGAACACACAGGAAAUGCUAAAGAUGGAACUUGAAAGAGAGAAGCAGAGAGUUCUGUCGAAAACUCGGGAAGUCAAAGAAGCACAGGAAAUGUUGGCAAAAUUAGCUGAAAGUGCAGCAAAAUCAGAACAGGAGGCUGCAGUUACAGCAAAGGCGCAAGCAGUCCAGCUACCCAAACAAGAAAAGAAGAUGGCAAAAGAGCUGAAAGAAGCGGCAGAGAGAGAAGCUGCGGCAAGAGAAGCGGCUGAGAGAGAGGCAGCAGAGAGAAAAGCAGUAUCAACUCGAGAAGCCGCAGAGCUAGAAAUUUUGUUUGGAUCUCAUCAGGAACUGUUGGAAUCUCUCUGUCAAGGUGACAAGGACACUGCAAGCAAAGCAUUACUAAAUGAGGUGGUACGGCUUAAAAAUUCUGAACGUGAAGCAAGGGAGCGCAUAAGGAGACUAGAACUGGAAAUACGACAAUUAAGUCAAGCCUGGGAAUUGAAGUUUCAGAUUCUGAAGAGAAGCUUACAUGCCAUUAAGGAUGAGAUGUUUCUUAGACACUCAAUGCGUCAGUCAUCAAAAUUUAGACACCCUACGCUUGCUGAAAGGGGUGUUCAUCCUCUUCUUAUACAGCAUCCUCUACAUAAAAUGGGUUCAAGUACUUUAUAUAUCCAGCGUCCACCUCUGCCUAAGAUCAGAUCUCAGGAAGUUGCAGAGAUGAUUGAAGAAGGCUCAAGUGGCACAAAAACUCCAGUGACAGUAGAGAUUCCCUGUGUAUUGGAAGGGGCUUCCGAGUCCGAGGAUGAAAUUGAGGAAGUGGAGGAAUUGCCUCCCCCACCGUCACCACUUUCUUCAACCCAACAGUGGGACAGAGCCACAAGUGGGGAGGAAAAGAGCAAAUGACUUGUGGGCUGAUGGAAUUGGCCCUGUCAUUUGGUCUCUCUCAGAGAAUCUUCCUCCUGUCUAGAGAGACUGGAUACUUCCGUCCUCUGGCUGACCUCUAGAGGCAUCUGAGCAAAGUAGGCUGUGUAGGAAACCAUCCUUCAUGCCCUUUCCUGGUGAAGCUUUCUAGCGACAGGGAAUGGAUGCUCAAGAGCCCCCCCCCCUUUUUUUGCUAGUAGUUUGACCAUUUACAUCAGUAAAUAACUGAGUUACUUUUGCAAUUGCAA